AUGGCGAGCACCACCGACCGACCCACAGUGAAAGGCGCCCCGCAGAACCCCACAACCCCAGUUUUACCUCGCAUGAGGGCCGCGACAUCUCAACGAUCAACCACGAACCUAAACUCCGCCAGCAACCUCCACCCCAAUAUCUCCUCGCGUUCCCCUAAAUCUCUAGCACGCAAGACCCGUGCCGAAAGUGUAGCCUCGCCGGACCCGGCCUACCAUCACACCCUGACUCCGCGUGGUUACGCACCCGCCCGACCAUCCAGCGCUGCGAGCAACCGCAGCUUCGUGACCGCAACCAGCAAUAAUGCACGGUCGUCGCAGAGCAUGUUCUUUCACGCCAGUGAAGUCGGCGGCCCAACGUACACUCCCGCACCCACAACCCAACCUGUCUAUACCGCACCCGCGUCCCAGCCCGUCUAUACCGCACCCGCACCCUAUGUCGCGGCUACGGUCGCCAGCUCGGGCCCAAAGUUCUUUCACGCCGAUGGCGCCUCGCUGGAGGAUGACUCUGAGCCGUACCGUGCGCCGAGGGCCCCAAGAGGCCUCGGCGCUAGCCCACAGUUAAUGACCAAUGGCCCGAUCCUCACGAUGCCUUCUGCGCGAAAUGCCAACCACUCGCCGCCAUCCAGCCGACCGGGGUCGACGGUCGGAUACCCAGCUUCGCCGCGCCCCUCGUCCGUGAUCGGAGGCCCGAGGACGCCCGCGCUUGCAUCCACGGGCAUGCCCGAGGGGCGAAGCCGGGUCAAGUUCGUGUAUGCAAAUGGAGCAGAGGAACUGCUGCCUCCUAGGAAGCCGUCCUCCGAGAUCGGCUCUGUGACGACAUCGCCUCAGCUCCCCUCGUCCCCCAGGUUUGGUGAUGCACAUGUUGCGACACCUUCGCCGACGAAAGUGGCAUAUCCACUGUCGCCAUUGGCUUCCCCAAGCGGACUACACUCUCCGCCCCAGUAUUUCCAGAGACAUGCCGCGUAUUCGUCGUCGCGGAGGUCGAGUCUGGAUCUGAAGGUGCGGCACAGCCGUAAUGCUUCAAUCAGCUCGAUCAUCGAUAUGUCCGUUCCGAUGAAGGAAGAGAAUGGCGACGCCGACGAUGAGGGCCAGAGUGGAACCGGCGAGAGCGGCUCGUCGGGAGAGGAUCUCGACGAGGAGGAGGACGAACCCGAGGAGGAAGAUCCACCGCCGCCGCCGCCAGCGCCGGCGCCGCCAAUGACGGCUGCCGAGCGAAUCAAAGCAAUGGAGGAAAGAGCAGCAAACUCCAGGCGGGAAAGAAAGGUGAUGGAUUUAGAGAUAUCCAACGCAUCGCUACUGGCGAUCAACAAGACCCUGGAACGUGAGAUGAGGAAGCAAACCGCCCAAUUGCGACGCUACAAACGGCUCGCGCGAUCCGGAAAACUGACGGCGCCGACGAAAUCGAAAAGCCAAUCGGGCGGCAGCGCCUCUGGCACCGCAUCCGAGAGUGAAAACGCCAACGUUACCGAUGGGGAGAAUUGGGAGGUGGAUGACGAGGAAGACGAGGAUACCGAGACGGAAGAGUUGUCCGAGGAGGAGGAGGAGGAGGAGGAGGAAAGCGACUCCAAGUCGGAGGGCACUGCCAACGACGAGAAGCAUCGAGAGGGAGACGAAAAGCGGCUCGCCCUGGAUCUAUCGAAACACCAGGCGUUGCUGGAAUCCUCGGCAAAGAUGAACAAGUCGCUCAGAGGAUGUCUUCUAGUCACGGAUCAGCUGAUCAAAGAAGGCAAGAAGGCCUUGGAAUACAAAGUACGGGCGUCGGAUGUUCGACUCGGUGGCAGGAUUCUACGCGACGAGGAGGACGAUUAUCUAGACUUGGAGUCGGUCGAUGGCGACGGACUGACGUCUGAUUUCUCGGCGGCGGGCGACACCGAGGCCGAGAACACGGAAGCCGAAGAGACGGAAACGGAAGAUGAGGAAGGGUUCCAGGGCCCGUACCUACGGCCAGAAGAGCUCCGGCCUGUUAGACACACUCUCGUAUGA